AUGGAUCCAGAAAACAUGUUCAAUGUCGAUGAUUCCGGUUACACAACUGUGCAUAAACCUGGAAAAGUCAUCGCUAAAAAAGGCAAAAAAUAUGUAGGUUCACUUACGAGUGCAGAAAAGGGCAAAACGAUUACCGUUGUAUGCUGUGUUAGUGCAGUUGGGCAAUAUAUUCCGCCUAUGUUUGUUUCCCCAAGAGUAAGAAUGCGUCCUGAUCUCUUAGAUAAAGGGCCAGCGGAGGCUAUUGGAGUGGCAAACCCUUCUGUGUGGAUCAAUGAAGAAUUGUUUGGUGUUUGGUUUGAUCACUUUUUGAAGCUAGUUAGACCAGCUAGUCGUCCUGAACCUGUUUUGAUCAAUCUUGACGGUCACACAUCUCAUACUAAAAAUCUAACUUUGAUUGAAAAAGCAAGAGAAAAUAAUGUGGUUUUAUUAUCCCUUCCUUCUCAUUGUACUCAUCGAUUACAGCCGUUGGACGUGGCUGUAUUCAAAAGUAUAAACACAUUUUAUGAUCAAGCUGUGGCAACAUGGUUAGCGCAACAUCCUGGCAAAAUUGUGACAGAAAAGGAGAUACCUGAGCUUUUUAUGAUUGGAUAUGGGAAGGGAGGAACAAUAAAAAAUGCUGUAUCUGGGUUUAAGAAAUGUGGAAUUUUUCCAUUUGAUCUCGAAGUAUUCACAGAAGAAUAG